GCCUCAUUUGAUUCAAAACAAGCUAGAGAUAGAAAUUUCUCUUAACAUCCUUCAUGCCACAAGUAAAACAAACAAAUUGAACACUUUUUGGGUAUUUAAUCAACUUACCCUUUUUGAUAGAUUCCUUAUCUUGGUUUACAAGCAAUCAUCUCAUCUAGUCCACUCAGCUUUCUAGAUAUUGUAAGAGAUCCUCUUAACAUCAAAUUGAGGAGGCAAAGACUCAAGGACCCUCUAGACCAAAGUGCUUUCACCAAUCUCAACUUUGACAUUCUUCAGCUUGUUAUAGUAAAAGAUCAACUUCAUAACUACAAGAAAUUUUGAGUUUUGCGACAGAUGGAUUGCGACGGGUGCAAAAAAACCGCCGCAGCUCUCUCUUUGUGACACUUCCUACGACGGUGCUAAACAACCGCCGCUGCAUUUCUAAGCAAAACCAAGAGGCGCUAGUUUUUUUCCAAUCCCGCGUCCCAUUUUUUGCAAGUCCCGCUCUCUAAAAUUCUUCUCAUAUCUCUGUGACCCUUUUCUCCCAAAACCAAAAACCCCUUUCUCCCAAAUUUGUUUCCCUCAAAAUUCCCAAACCCCUCGAUCUCCCUAUGCGAAAGUUUGAUCUCUCCAUAUCUGGAAUUGAAGCAAUUUCUCUUCUAUGCGGAGGAGAAUGGCCGCAUGUAGUGUUACCAAACGACGAGUUGGCAAGGAUGCAACUGGUAUUGCUGGUACUUAUUCUUUCUCUAUGUGUCAUGGAUAUUUUUAUCACAUGGAUGCAGCUGGUAUUGCUGAUACUUUUUCUUUCCCCAAUGUGAGAAUGUUUGGAUUAUUGCUGGCAGUUUUGGGAAUAUGUGGGAUCAUACUAGUUGGGAGUUUGAAAAUAACCUAUAGUUCCAUGCGCCGAAUGUUUGUUGGAUUCUUGAGUUGUGCUUCUCUGAUUUCAAUGUUUGCCUCUCCAUUGUUUAUAAUCAAAUUGGUCAUUCGCACGAAGAGUCUCGAUUUUAUGCCAUUUUUUCUUUCGCUUUCAACAUUCUUAAUAAGCGCCUCGUACCAAAUGAGAUAG